AUGUCAAACGACGAUAAAUCCCGCGCAGCAGCAGCACAGUUGUUGAUUGACGAUGAACCCGAUGACUGGGACAAGCGCAUCUACAGCACCGGCUGUGCCGAUGAAAAUGCAAAAUUGACGGAUUGUUACUACGAGAAGAAGGAUUGGCGGGCUUGUAAGCAGGAGAUGGAAAUCUUCCGACAAUGCUGGCAGCGACACGGCAACGACAAGAGGACGGAUUCAAAGGACGUUUCAAAAUAA